AAGUUGCAAGCGGUUCCCAGGAAGAAGCGACCAGUGAACGUGGGGAACUGCGAGUCCUGGGGCCAUGGCCAGCCAGGAGCUUAGCCUGAAGCUGCAUCGGAGGCUGAGGCUGGAGCAGGAGGCAGAGGUCAUCCGGAUUCCGCAGCAAAAUGGCUUAUAUGCGGUGCCCGCGCCGGCCUGGCCCUGUGGCUCCCCGAGCCAGGGAAACAAGCUGCCCGCUGAGGAGCUCAUGGCCAAAGUGGGCGCCGAGCUUAAGGAGCAGCUGAACCGGCGUCAGGGCAUGCACAAGGGAAAGGCGCGGCUCCCGCCCAUCAAGGUCUUCAAGCUCUACACCGAGUUUCCCGAGUUCAGCCACCGCCAGAUCAAGGACAUGGAGAGCCUCUUCCGAAGGUAUGACUCUGGGAAGGAUGGCUACAUCGACCUGAUGCAACUGAAGUUGAUGAUGGAGAAGCUGGGGGCCCCCCAGACGCACCUGGGCUUAAAGGAAAUGAUCAGGAAGGUGGAUGAGGACCUGGACAGCAAGCUCAGUUUUCGGGAGUUUUUGCUGAUUUUCAGCAAAGCAGCCUCAGGGGGACUGGGGUCAGAGAUCAGCUUGAUAUCCCUGGCCAAGCUCUCCGAGAUCAAUGUGGCCAUAGAAGGUGUGAAAGGAGCCAAGAAUUUUUUCGAAGCCAAGGUCUAUGACCUGUCCAUGACCAGCCGAUUCGAAGCUGAGAUCAAAGCAGAGCAGAAUGCCCGAAAACAGGAGGCAGAGGACAGAAAACAGCGGAGGGCUCUCUUCAGAGAACGCCGAGCUGCCUUCUCCCAGUAGCUCCAGCUAGGCUGGAGUGUAAACAGAGACUUGCCUUGACUUCUACCAGCUGUGCCUUACAAGUUGGCCUGGAAGAAAUGGCCAGCACCUUGUCCCCCAAGCAGGACCCAUCUCUCAUUGAAUGUCCCCUAUCCCCUAUCUACCUGUCUGUUGUGUCUGGAAGGGUAACUGGUACUCCUAAAAUUUGAGGAAACAGCAAGGAAGGUCAAAUGGGAAGAGAAUUCUGUAAUAAAAGGAAACGAUUCCAUUUCUUACCCAAACACUGUUCUUCUAGCCUUUGAAUGUUUCCAGGAUUUUGCCAUUUUCUUGGUGACUUUUAUUAUCCCUGUUUGCUCCCUUUUAACCCAACCUUUCAUGGAGGUCAUUUGGCCAGAGGUAGAGCUCUGCCAUUCUCCUGCAUUCCCAGUUUCAGACUGAUUGCAUUUUUCAAGUGCACUCAUUGGAGGUCUACACUAUUGGCUUUGAUUUAGAUUCUCCCCUUCUUCCAUCAACUGCCACAAAAGUGGCAAGGGUUAGCUGUAAAACUGUCCUCCCUCACCAAGUGUUUGAAGAAAGGGGGAGAGGUCCAAGAGCUAUGGAGUAGAUCCCAGAAAGACCUCAGUGUUGGGGGGAGGCCAUUCUAAAAGCCCCUCUGAUUUUCUGCCACUCUACUCAUAGAGGUGGUUUUAAAUGGAUGAUGAGAAGCUCCAUGCCAAGGGACUCCCCCUUUGACCUCUACAUGGUAAUACUUUGUCAGUUUGCCAGUUUAGAUUGUUGGAUUAAUACAGGACACCUGAGUCUAGCCAGAACACCUGGCCAUUGUCCUGGAACUUUUCAUGUAGAGACAGGUGAGUAUGGACCCAAUUUCCAUGGUUGCCAUUAAAAACCUCACAUGCUCACUGAGUAUGUAAGACUUCAGAAAUGUUUCUGUCUUUUAUUCCCCUUUCUCCUUGUCCAAAGAGGAGCAACUCUUUCACCCUUGGUCCUUUGUUCUUUUUGAUCUCUUUUAUUGGGGAGGGGGGAGAGGUGAGAAUCAUGGUAUUAAAAUGGUGAGCAGGGAAGAAUAAUGAAACUAAUUUUUAAUAGAUUAAAGAACUAUAGACUACUUUGAGUUUUUUUUUCACA